CGGGGCUCGGUAGAGAAAGGUUUGGGCUGGCUGAGGGUUCGGCAAGCUGAGGUCGCUGGCUGCUGGACCAUGCUGACUGCAGCGUGCGGUAGGCUCGUCUCAGCACCGCUGUCCGCCGUCGCCCGCAAGUGGCUGCACGCGUCUGUGUCCCAACUGUCGGCGGACCGGAGGGGGAAGGCGGAGGAGUCGCCCCGUGCCUUGGACCCAGUGUUGCUGGAGUUUCUGGUGUGCCCGCUCUCCAAGAAGCCACUCAGAUAUGAAGCAUCGACAAAUGAAUUGAUUAAUGAAGAGUUGGGAAUAGCAUAUCCAAUCAUUGAUGGCAUUCCUAAUAUGAUACCACAGGCAGCUAGGAUGACACAUCAGCAUAAGAAGAAAGAAGAAAUGGAGCAGCACUAAACCAUAAUUUAAAAAAGAAACAAACAACUAAAUUGUCUUAAUAUCAUUUACCU